UCAAAGUUCAGAUAUUUAGGGCUUUACGCUGUGAAGGAAGAUUGUGUAAGGGUUUCUCUCUUAGCUGCCGCAUCUUCCUGCCGCCGCUGUCUCCGAUCACUUCGUCAAAAUGAUCAUCCCAGAGAAGAAUCGCAAAGAAAUUUCCAAGUACCUCUUUCAAGAGGGAGUUUGCUAUGCCAAGAAGGACUACAAUCUGGCCAAGCACCCCGAAAUCGAUGUGCCAAAUUUGCAAGUGAUAAAGCUAAUGCAGAGUUUCAAAUCUAAGGAGUAUGUUCGUGAGACAUUUGCCUGGAUGCAUUACUACUGGUACCUCACGAACGAUGGCAUUGAGUUUCUGAGGACUUACCUGAAUCUCCCUUCAGAAAUUGUCCCGGCUACCUUGAAGAAACAAGCCAAGCCGGCUGGUCGAUCAUUUGGUGGCCCAUCUGGAGACCGCCCACGUGGUCCAUCAAGAUUUGAUGGAGAGAGAAGAUUUGGUGACCGAGAUGGCUACCGUGGAGGUCCUCGUGGACCUGGUGGUGAUUUUGGUGAUAAGGGUGGAGCCCCUGCUGAUUACAGACCUUCUUUCGGGGGUCCUGGUGGAAGGCCUGGCUUUGGCCGUGGAGCUGGUGGCUAUGGGGGAGCACCUGCACCAUCAAAUCUUGAAUGAGAGAAUGUUAUAGAUGUAUGGGAGUGUUUUUGUUAGUUUUAGAUUCGAAGCAAAUUGACUCAAAGAUGUUGAAUUAGAACUCAUGAGAUCAUCGUAUCAGUUUUGUUUGCCUAUAAUUAAUUGCCGGAUCUUUGGUUGCUGAAGUCUGUUUGAAUGCCUCUUAUUGCAGAUUCCUAUAAUUCUGUU